AUGUCUGCCACGAUCAUUGGCAGCUCGAAGUCGCGCAUGUACUGGGUGGGCAGCUUGACGCUUCUAUGUCUCAUCUGGGGCAUAUGGCUGCUGCGUUUGGACUCCAAAAUCGACGUUGCCGACAACCUCCCUCCCUCCUCCUCCUCCUCCUCCUCCUCCUCCUCCUCACAACCAACUGUGGCGACGGGCAAUCCCGACGGCGCAAGCAAUGACACGACCUCAGACCGUCCUCUCAUUCUCUAUGCCUACUUCGAAACCAACAACUCGCGUCCCAACCUUGAGUACUUCAUCGCGCAUGGCCUUCAUGCCGCUGCCGAUUUUCUGUUUAUCUUGAAUGGCGACAAUCAAGCCGAGGCCAUCAUUCCCCAGGCGCCCAACAUCCGCUACAUCCACCGUCCGAACGAUUGCUACGACCUCGGUGGUUUCGCCGAGGUUCUACGCACCGAUAAUCUCUACAAGAAAUACAACAAAUUCAUCACGAUGAACGCUAGCAUUAGGGGUCCGUUUAUGCCGGUUUGGACAGAUGAAUGUUGGAGUGACAGGUACUUGAGCAAACUCACGGACAAGGUCAAGUUGGUCGGCAUGACCUUUCACUGUACACCGGUGAACCACGUCCAGUCCAUGAUCUGGGCCACGGAUAGAAUCGGUAUGGAGACCCUCCUCUUUCCCACCGACGAGCAGGUCAAGGCCCUCAAAGACUCUCUUCCGCCUCAUCCUCCGAAGGAACCAGUUCCGGAAAUGAAACACCCGGGUAUAAACUCGUGUCCACACGAAUAUUGGGAUGCCGUUGCAAUCGAGGUUUACGCCACACCGCUUCUCAAGGCAGCUGGAUACCGAGUGAGUUCAAUGAUGGCGGCAUUUCACUCGCGGGAUAACUACGAGGAUGUAUGCGCACACUAUCCCAAUGUACUUUACGAACACAGUUACUUCGGCAUGACCUUGCACCCCUUUGAUACCAUCUUCGCAAAAACCAAUCGGGACGCCAACGCUCUAACCAUUCGAUUAUUGACCGAGUGGGCAGAUGGGAGGAAAUACAGCAGCUACGACUACUGUCAUUAA